AUGCGGGAAUGGCAGACAUAUUUUGCCUGGAUGGACAAGAAGAAGGACGAACAUUGGUACAAGACAAUCGACCAAGAGUUGAGCCUGGUCUAUCCUUAUGACACAGGUAUUUGGAAGAGUCUCGUGAAUCAAUCAUCAAUGUUAAUUCUGUUAACGGCUGGGUUGUGCUCUCUCAACUACCGGUACCGCUUGAUCAAGAGGGGCCCUGCAGUCAAAGUCAAAAGCGAAGUGCUCGCUUCUCAGCGAUGCCGAGAAUUCUGA